AUGGUCCACGCUGAUUAUUCAAAUAUUACAGGUUUAACCAAAGAUGAAACAUUACAACAUAUAAUUGAUUCAUAUACAGCAUUAGAAACAUCAAACUAUGUCUCAAAUUUAUCUAAUCUCCUGAGUUUAUUAUGGUAUGCUUAUCAUUCAUUAAAUGUGAAAGUAAACUGGAGUGGUUUUUAUUUAUUAAAUACAAAAAAUGAAAAUGAAUUAGUAUUGGGUCCAUUUCAAGGUAAAGUAGCAUGUCAAGUAAUUAAAAUUGGAUCUGGUGUUUGUGGGACUGCUGCAGAAACUAAGAAGACUCAAUUAGUUCCUGAUGUUGAAAAAUAUCCAACUCAUAUUGCUUGUGAUUCUGAAACUAAAAGUGAGAUAGUGGUACCUAUAAUUAAAGAUGGUAAAUGUGUUGGUGUAAUUGAUUUAGAUUGUUUGGAAUUGAAUGGAUUUGAUGAAGUUGAUCAAAAAUAUUUAGAAAAAUUAGCCGAAUUGAUUACAAAGACUUUAUAA